GCGCCCCAUAUAAAUAGACCCUAGGCAAUAGCGGACGACAGCAUUUUCCGAUCGCAGAAACAAGUGACCUUUGUACAUGUUGUAACUAAAAAAAGGUCACAGUUUCAUACACGUGUACGUGUAUGUUGCAGUGCACACUACGCAAUUCUCGAUCGAACAGUUGAGCUCUCGACCAGUGGCCCCCAGAAACGUCCGACAUGUCUUCCGCGAGUUCAUCAUCGUCUCUUUCUCAGCGAGCUGAGGCAAUCCUUUCCUAUGAAGCAAACCGUGUGGUUCCAGCACUUGGAGGGAUUGUGGAUCAAGGGAAAUACGAUGCCGAGAAAAAUCCAAACGGUCUUAUCAAUAUGGGCACUGCUCAAAACAGUCUCAUGUAUGAUCUGCUGAGAGAAAAGUUGAACUGCUCCAUGGAAUCACCAAAGACGUGGUCUGACGAGAUGUUUAUGUACAGUCCAGAAGAAGGGUUGCCAGAGCUGCGAGAUGCAAUCGCAAAACUCCUGACCGUCACUUCACGUGCAGUGACGCCCCUCAACCCUGACAAGAUGAUCAUCUUCAAUGGUGCUGAUGCAGGUUUGGAAGCCAUGGGAUUUGUUUUAUGUGAUUCUGGAGAGGCUGUACUGUUGCCUGUCCCGUUCUAUUACGGACUGCACAGCAAUCUGAAGGUCAGACCCAACGUGGAUGUAGUUCCCAUUCCUCUCACCAAAGAGCUCAGACCAGGAGAGACGCAACCAUUUGAGCUUACUGCCGAGCGAGCAGAAGAGGCUUACCAGAAAGCAGUCAAAGAGGGUGUCACUGUGAGGGCGCUGUUUCUCGUCAACCCUAACAAUCCUCUGGGCGACGUCUACAGCAGACAACAGGUCCUGGACCUACUCAAGUUUGCCAAACGGCACGACCUUCAUGUGGUUUUCGAUGAAGUCUAUAUGAGUACAGUUUUUGAGGACGGCGUGUCACACAACAGUAUCUUCCAAUUCAGAGAAGACGAGAUACCAGACAUGCAGAAAGUGCACUUCGUUUGGACAUUUAGCAAGGAUCUAGCGAUGAGUGGAAUGCGCAUCGCCGUGAACUAUACUUGGAACAACAAAAUCCAUGAAGCACUGAAGAGCAUCGCUCACUUCCAUGGGACGCCGACAGGCUGGCAGGCACAUAUGGCUAAACUGCUAACUGACACCGACUGGUUUGUCAAUGUCUUCCUGCCGACUUCAGUGAAGAACUUGAAGGAGGCUCAUCGUUAUUUCACCCAGGGCCUGAGUCAGCUGGGUGUUCCCUGUCACAAGGGGACUGCUGGGCUCUACGUCUGGGCUGACUUCUCCAAGUUUCUGUCGGCACCAACCGCUGAAGCAGAAAUGGAACUGAACCAGAAGUUGCUUCGGGCCGGGGUGCAGUGCACUCCCUCUGUGACUUGCCAGGGACAAGAGAGGGGGUGGUUCAGGGUGGUGUUUGCGAAGGACAAGAGCAUCUUAGAGACAGCUUUGGCGAGGAUCAAGACUGCUCUGCAAUCAAACUGAACUCCAGUCCUUAAGUAAAUAUUUA